UGACAGUUUCUGUCUAUUUCUGACAGUUCUGGGACAUUCACUCCAUACAGCUGUUUCAACCGCUGUAUGGAAGGACAGUCCCAGAACUGUCAUUAAUAGUCUAUUUCUGACACGGUUGAAACAGCUGUAUGGAGUGAAUGUCCCAGAACUGUCAGAAAUAGACUAUUUAUGACAGUUCUGGGACUGUCCUUCCAUACAGCGGUUGAAACAUUGUAUCUAUUUUUUUCCAUAAAUGACAUUCUGCAAAUACACUUAGAGGAGCGCUGCAGAUACACUUUUUGCCGCCGGCUUGGAAUUAAUCUUAUUUUCAUCCUACUUCUUCUUCUUCAUCCUCAUCCU